AUUUUAUUAUUGCCUCAAAGAUUUUCUUUAUAAUUUACUUCUCCUAAUUAUCAAUUAAUUAAGAAAAUUAAAUUAACAAGUAAUUAUCUUAGGAGCAAUGAAUGAUGAUUUUAAAACAAUUAAGGAAAAAAUCAUUCUCAACAGUCCAGCCCUUGCUGAGUAUAUCUUGAAAACCAGUGGUUACCCCAAUGAGCACGAGCAAUUGAAGGAAAUUAGAGAGACCACUAUUGAGAAAUACAAGCACAUGAGCAUCAUGAACGCAGCAGUUGAUGAAACACAAUUCCUUGCAAUGUUAUUGAAGCUCAUGAACGCCAAAAACACUUUGGAAAUUGGAGUUUUUACCGGCUAUUCACUUCUUGCUACUGCACUCGCUCUCCCUGAUGAUGGCAAGGUUCUAGCAGUUGAUCCGAACAGAGAGGCUUACGAGGUUGGAUUGCCAUCCAUUAAAAAGGCCGGAAUUGAACACAAAAUCGAGUUUGUUCAAGGAAAUGCCAUGCCAUUUUUGAAUGACCUAGUAAGCAAGGGCAAGGAAGGGAGCUUUGAUUUUGCAUUCGUGGACGCGGAUAAGGAGAACUACAUAAAUUACCAUGAGCCAUUGAUGAAACUAGUAAAGGUUGGAGGAGUAAUAGCAUUUGAUAACACUCUUUGGUUUGGUUCAGUUGCAUUUGCUGAUGAUGAUCAAGUGUUCAAGAAUGAUCCUGUUAUGGAAUACAUUAAAAAACAUGGACAUGAAGCAAUUAAGAACUUGAAUACUUUCCUUGCUACUGACCCUAGAAUUGAGUCUGUCCUUCUUUCUAUUGGUGACGGUCUUACGCUUUGUAGGCGUAAGUACUGAUCUCCGGAAAUUAUUUACUCUACGGAUAUAUAUGCUCAUUUGAGGAAGUUCUAACUUCUAAAUCAGCAAAGAAAUAAUAUUGGUUGUAUCGUGUAUAAGAUACACCAGGUUGUGGAAAAUAAAUGUUGUCAUUUGUAUGAAUAACAAAAACUCUAUUAUCGUGUCUUUUGAACAAA